UGCUAAUGCAUUUGUUAAUGGCUGGUAUCUCUAAGCACAAUUCUUAGAGCAUUUGCUUUGUCAUUCAGACUUGGAAUCCAUCAAUUGAACAAACCCACACACAUACUCUGCCUCCCUGGUGUGAUUCUUUGUCAGAGAAAAGAUGUCUUUGAUGUUUUCACCAUCCCUGCCACCUACUCCAAGUGCUCAUUAACUCUCCAGUUAGCGUAACAUUUGGCCAGGUGCCCUGAUCAGGGGUGGGCAUUAAAGAUUUGAAGAAGACACAUUCACCAUUGUUAUUCAAAAACAAUCUCAUAUUACUAGUUACAGCUAGUUAUUUCCUGCCUAAACCAGAACGACGAGAAGGCGGUUAACUUUUAGCCCAGCCGGUCACACCUCCUCUCAUUCAGUGUUUAAAACCCACUGUGUCCUCUUGCUUGCCACAAAACAGACACACCAUCUUGACUGGAACCUGUUGAUUGAACUUCAUCACAACACAGUUGGUCCUCUGCAGCCGUGGAACAUGGCCUCCCGUCUCUACAGGCGAUGCCUGGCUCUGCACUCCAGAGCCUGGGUCUCAGCACAGGGUCCAAGGCAUAUCACUCAAUCAGCGUCGGUCAAGACCCUGGAGGAGUUUGAGUAUGAUGGGCCUCAUAUGAAGACUUCAGUUCCUGGGCCACUGUCACUGGCACUGCAGAAACAACUAGGAGAGAUCCAGAACGUACAGUCUCUGAACUUCUUCUGUGAUUACGAAGAGAGUCGAGGGAACUACCUGGUGGAUGUGGACGGAAAUCGCAUGCUGGAUGUCUACACCCAGAUCGCCUCCAUACCCAUUGGAUACAACCACCCCGCCCUUAUGAACAUUAUGACCAAUCCUCGCAAUCUGAGUUCCUUUGUUAACCGGCCAGCUCUGGGUAUGCUACCACCCCGGAUGUUUCCAGAAAAACUGCUGGAUGGGUUAAUCUCUGUGGCCCCCAAGGGCUUCAAACGGGUGCAGACAAUGGCCUGUGGCUCUUGCGCCAAUGAAAACGCCUACAAAGCCAUUUUCAUAUGGUACAGAACUAAGCAAAGAGGCCACAGUGACCCAACUUCUGAAGAAACGACAAGCAGUGUCAUUAACCUGGCCCCUGGCUGUCCUGAUCUCAGCAUUCUGUCCUUCAUGGGUGGAUUCCAUGGCAGAACCCUGGGCUGCCUGUCCACCACUCACACCAAGGCCAUUCAGAAGCUGGACGUGCCGGCUUUUGACUGGCCAAUAGCACCCUUCCCCAAACUGCGCUACCCACUGGCUCAGUAUGAGAGAGAGAACGCACAGGAAGAGAAGAGAUGUUUGGAAGAGGUGGAGGACCUUAUCGUUAAAUGGGAGAAGAAAGGCAAACCAGUAGCAGGCAUUGUGAUUGAGCCCAUACAAGCAGAAGGAGGCGACAACUACGCAUCUUUUGACUUCUUCAGGAAGCUCAGAGCCAUUGCCAAGAAGCACGGCUCUGCAUUCCUGGUGGAUGAGGUGCAAACAGGGGGAGGUUCCACGGGACUGUUCUGGGCCCAUGAACACUGGAGACUGGAUGACCCUGCAGACAUCGUCUCCUUCAGCAAAAAACUGCUGACAGGUGGUUUCUUCUACAAAGACGAGUUUCAGCCAGACAAGCCCAUGAGGAUCUUUAACACUUGGAUGGGGGAUCCCACAAGGAACAUGUUCCUGUCUGAGGUGCUGAAGGUGAUGCGCACCGAGAAUCUUUUGGACCAAGUGAAUCGUACGGGUCAUGUCAUGCUCAAUGGCCUGUAUGACCUACAGGCUCGUUAUCCUCACCUCCUGAGUAAAGCCAGAGGACUGGGGACAUUCUGUGCCAUCGACGUCAAGGAUGAAGACACACGAAACAAACUCAUCCUCAAGGCCAGAAACAAGGGUGUUGUACUCGGAGGCUGUGGCACCCAGUCUAUCAGAUUUCGACCUGCUCUGGUCUUCAAAGAACACCAUGCACAACUCUUCUUGAGCAUCUUCAGUGACACCUUGGCUGACAUGAAGUAAAAGGCCGGGAAGACUUCCCAACGGAACACAGACACACGCAGGGUCAUUUUUUUCUGGCCAUACCAUAAACAAUAGCACACCAAUAAAAUAGCACAUUAUCUGUUUUGUUUGAUGCAUUGGGCAGCAAUUAUUAGUCAAUGCUGCUAAAUAUAGCCAUAUAAAAUAUCGCAACAUGCAUCAACACACAAAAUGCAUGAUAUUCCAUACAGAGAACAUAGGCUAUUUUUUUUUUUUUUUGAAGUUGGUCCAGAAACACUUUUUGCACAAAAUGAUAUUACAAUUUCAAUGUUGCAGAUGUAUUUUUAAUGUUAUGAAUCAAUGAAGUAAGUUUGGAAAAACUGCAUAGGCUAUUCUGUUUCUUGUGCAAUCAUGAAAUAAAUUGUCUACAACAUGUAUGUAA